CAUCUGCUCCAGAGUAAACAUGAAAACACAACUGCGCCCUUCGAAUGCAGUUAACACAUUAUUUUUUAUAGACAGACUGUGUAUAAAAGAAGCCGGUUAUCACGAUUUUGAUUAAAGUGGGUUCAUCCAUACGACUUGUAAGUAUAGCUGUGAGGUAGAUAUUUUUAGUCAGAGAAGAUCAAAUUUUAAUCUGAUUUGUUCCAGGGUUUCUUUCAAAAGCGUUACUGUUAUUCUUUCCGUUUUCGCGGCCACAGUGGAAUCGACACAAUACUCACAAUGUACAUUUGCGGAGUAGUUGAAUAAGUUCGAUAUGCCAGGAAACUUAUCUGAUUGGGUUUGCAUAGCAGAACAUGCAAGUAACUUUAGGACACAUUUAUAUGUCAGUUACUUCCCUUUCGGCUAUUCAUACUACGGUGCUUUCCAGAUAUCGGACGAAAUGUGCGGUACACAAAGUUUCUGCCCAAUGGAAUGCUCGGACAUGACGGAUGUAGAAGGCCUUGAAGCGACGGUGAACUGCGCAGUCCACAUCUACAAUACUUAUGAGUUCGAUAGAUGGCCCGUAUGGGAGAAAAAAUGCCAAAACUAUGAGCUCAACUGCCGUUUGCCAAAAGAAUGAAACAGCGAUGAGACUCCGUUUCUUUGUACUGUAAUUGAUUAGUUUAGUUAAAGUUAAUAAGUUAAAGAAAAUAAA